AGGAUGACCUGGGAGCUGCACCUGCUGCUUCUGCUGGGGCUGGGACUUAGGUCCCAGGAGGCCCUGCCACCACCCUGUGAGAGCCAGAUCUACUGCCAUGGAGAGCUCCUUCACCAAGUUCAGAUGGCCAAGCUCUACCAAGAUGACAAGCAGUUUGUGGAUAUGUCACUGGUCACAUCUCCAGAUGAAGUCCUGCAGAAGUUCAGGGAGCUGGCCACGGCCCACAACCAUAGCAUCCCCAGGGAACAGCUUCAGGAAUUUGUCCAGAGUCACUUCCAGCCUGUGGGGCAGGAGCUGCAGUCCUGGACCCCUGAGGACUGGAAGGACAGCCCUCAGUUCCUACAGAAGAUCUCAGAUGCCAAGCUGCGUGUCUGGGCGGAGGAGUUACACAAGAUCUGGAGAAAGCUGGGGAGGAAGAUGAAAGCAGAAGUCCUCAACCACCCUGAGCGGUCCUCCCUGAUCUAUUCAGAGCACCCCUUCAUUGUGCCCGGUGGGCGCUUUGUUGAAUUCUACUACUGGGACUCGUACUGGGUGAUGGAAGGCCUGCUUCUCUCCGAGAUGGCUUCAACGGUGAAGGGUAUGCUGCAGAACUUUCUGGAUCUGGUGAAGACCUACGGACAUAUCCCCAACGGUGGACGUGUGUAUUACCUGCAACGGAGUCAGCCCCCACUCUUGACUCUCAUGAUGGAUAGAUAUGUGGUUCACACCAAGGAUGUCGCCUUCCUUCGGGAGAAUAUUAGGACUCUAGCCUUGGAACUGGACUUCUGGACUGUGAACAGGACUGUGUCUGUGGGCUCGGGAGGACAAAGCUAUGUCUUGAAUCGCUACUAUGUCCCUUACGGGGGACCUAGGCCAGAGUCCUACAGCAAAGAUGCAGAAUUGGCAGACUCUGUGCCAGAAGGGGACCGAGAGACUCUGUUGGCUGAGCUCAAGGCUGGAGCUGAAUCUGGCUGGGACUUCUCUUCACGCUGGCUUGUUGGAGGCCCAGACCCUGAUUUGCUUAGCAGCAUCCGAACCAGCAAAAUGGUACCUGCUGACCUGAAUGCGUUCCUGUGCCAAGCAGAAGAAUUGAUAAGUAACUUCUACUCCAGACUAGGGAAUGACACCGAGGCUACAAAGUACAGGAACCGGCGGGCCCAGCGCUUGGCCGCCAUGGAGGCCAUCCUGUGGGACGAGCAGAAGGGUGCCUGGUUCGACUACGACUUGGAAAAAGGGAAGAAGAACCUGGAGUUUUAUCCUUCCAACCUCACCCCCCUCUGGGCUGGCUGCUUCUCAGACCCUAGUGUGGCUGACAGGGCUCUGAAGUACUUGGAGGACAGCAAGAUCUUGACCUACCAGUAUGGGAUCCCAACCUCUCUUCGUACAACAGGCCAGCAGUGGGACUUCCCCAAUGCCUGGGCCCCACUGCAGGACCUGGUCAUUAGAGGUUUGGCCAAGUCAGCUUCCCCCCGGACUCAGGACGUGGCUUUCCAGCUGGCCCAGAAUUGGAUCAAAACCAACUUCAAAGUCUACUCCCAAAAGUCAGCCAUGUAUGAGAAGUACGACAUCAGCAACGGUGGACAUCCAGGUGGAGGAGGGGAGUAUGAAGUUCAGGAAGGAUUUGGUUGGACGAACGGACUAGCCCUGAUGCUUCUGGACCGCUAUGGUGACCAGCUGACUUCAGGGACCCAGUUAGCUUCCCUGGGACCCCACUGCCUAGUGGCUGCUCUUCUUCUCAGUCUUCUGCUUCAGUGA